AUGGCGAAUUGGAAAAACGUCAAUAACUGGACGACCAAAAAUUGUAUAAAUUGGACAAAAGACUAUUUUAACACAGCAUUCAAGGAUUUGUCUGCGGAACAUGAAGGAACUAGCGUAAAAAUAGAUGAGGUUGAUAAUUGUUCAGGCGAUGUGGAUCUGAGCAAUCGAAAAGGAAAGAUUAUAACUAUCUAUGAUUUACAAUUAGAUCUAAGGUGGUCUGGUAACUCACCUGACGGCACAGAGGCCAAAGGAACGAUCAAUCUUCCAGAGGUGGCUCAUGACACCAGUACGGAAGAUAUUAUUAAUGUUUCGGUGGAUGAUGAAGAUAAAUCCAAAGAGCCCAUCAAAGACGUUGUUCGUCAGCAUUUAGUUCCAAAAAUUCGAGAGAAAUUACAAAAUUUUGCUAAGGAUCUUGUUGAAAAUAAUAGCAAGGAUAUUUAUAUUGAACCUUCACAACUUGGUGUUGCAACUCCUCCAAGAGCUGCGACUCCAGUUACUGCGGCAACAGUAGAAUCUACUUCGAAUGAAGCCGAGGUUAAGACAACGAGCAAAACUACUAAAGCAGUUGUGAAUAUUGCUAAAUUGACCGAGUCAAUCGAGUUUCAAACUUCUGCAGAACUGCUCUACGAAACGUAUCUCGAUCCUAAUCGUGUUGCUAUUUGGACAAGAGCAAAGCCUGAAUUGGCUCGGCAUGUUGGUGGUGCUUUCAGCCUAUUUGGUGGAAAUAUUACCGGCGUCUUUACUGAAUUGAUCCCAAAUCAAAGAAUUGCUCAAACCUGGAGAUUAAACACAUGGCCUGAAGGACAUUAUUCGAACGUCGUCCUACGGUUUGAUCAGAAAAGCGACUCUACGAUCGUGCAUUUAACUCACGAUGGAGUCCCGGUGGGCGAGGAAGACAUUGUUCGACGUAAUUGGCAAAACUAUUAUUGGAAUCCAAUUAAAAGCGUUUUCGGUCGUACUAAUCGUAGUGGUAGUAAUAGUGGUAAUAGACGUAGGCGUAAAAGUUAUAAGAGUAGUAAAGAAUCGGGGGGUGGUGGUGGUGCUUUCGGUUUUGGUAUUACUGUAGCAAUAGUACUGACCGCUGUUGUUUUGGGAUUUGUGUAUUCUACGCGUUCUACUUCUGCAUCUUCCACUACCACAUCAUCCUCAUCUUUGUAG